CGUGGUGGCUACCCUAAAUUAUAUGCUGAGUUAGUGUUUUUGUGAAUAGUUCAUCCUUUUAUAUCGAUGCUAUGAUCAACUAACUUUUAAACUUGAAGCUAUAGGUUUCAGUGAAUGUCAAGCUCUAUUCUGAGAUGAACCACUCACAGCAGAGUGUCCGCUCACUGAGUCUACCGGAGUCUGAUGAUUCCUACGACUUUCUGUUCAAGCUCAUACUGAUUGGGGAUGCUGGUGUGGGCAAGACGUGUGUGGUGCAGCGAUUCAAGCAUGGAGUCUAUAUUGAGAGACACGGCAAUACCAUUGGAGUGGACUUCAUGCUCAAGACGAUGGAUGUGGACAGAAAGAAGAUAAAAUUACAAAUUUGGGACACGGCUGGUCAGGAGAGGUUUAGGACGAUCACUCAGAGUUACUACAGAGGUGCCCAUGGAGUGGUGGUUGCGUAUGACCUCACCAGUGUGGAGUCGUUCAACCAUAUACCCAACUGGAUCGAGGACGUCAAGAGAUACGCUGGAGGUGAUGCUCAGAUGAUAUUGAUUGGUACAAAAAUGGACCUUGUGAGCUCAAACCCUGCACUGCGCAAAGUCACCGUGGCUGAAGCAAGGAACUUGGCCACUCACAACCACAUGUUGGAUCCCAUCGAGACCUCUGCUAAGGACAAUACAAAUAUUGAGAGAGCUUUUUAUCAUCUUGCCAAAUCUCUGAAAAUCAAAUUCGAUGGACUAAAGUCUGAUGAUGCAGAAGAGUCGUUUCACCUAGACUCCAAACCUGUCAAAGACAAUAAGGGUUCAUCUUGUGCUUGUUAAGUAUUUCUAUAGUACAGUACACUUUUAAGAUCAUCUGGUUUUAUUAAUUUCAUGCAAGCUGCCCAUUUUAUUACAAAGCUUGUGUAAACAUUAUUUUUAUUACAAUGUAAUGCAACAUUCUUUUGUUGUGGUAAAAUUUGCAUCAAUUGAGUUACGACCCGCAUAAAGGGGCUGUUUUGAAACUUG